UAAGCGCCACCGGCUUCCCCGGUAAGAAAUAUCCGCUCCAUUCCCCUCACCGCAGAGAAUCCAAUUCCUUCCUUAUUUUCCUCUCAGUUUCCACAGAAUCCCAUCCCUUACCCUUUUCCAACCCCACCAAUCCACUUCUAAAGCAUGCCGCUAACAGCAUGGUUCAGCAAUAUGGGCAGCUUGAUCAGCUCCUCUUCUAAACGGAGCGGUGGCGGAGAAAAGCCUGCCAAAGCGGCUUCAGAACCGUCGCUUAAGAAUACUGAGAGUGUAAUCGGCGGUGGCGACAAGCCUGGCAAGACGGCUGCAGAACCGUCGCUAAAAAGUACUGUCAGAAGAAGCAUCGGCGUCGGCGGCGAAAAGCCUGGCAAAAUGACUACAGAACCGUCGGUUAAAAAUAUGGGCAGCGGCGGCGGCGGUGGCCGUGGAAAGGGCUCGAGGUUGUCUGAGAAGAAGGCUUCUUUCCGGCAGAAAUAUGGUUUCAUAGCAGAUAAUUUCUCUUCCAUUGACCAGGUUACAGAAGCCUUGAGAAAAGAAGGAUUAGAAUCAUCAAACCUCAUAGUAGGAAUUGAUUUCACCAAAAGCAACGAGUGGACAGGUAAAGUCUCAUUCAAUAAUCGGAGCCUACACUCGGUCUCUGAUUCUCCUAAUCCCUAUGAGAAGGCUCUAUCGAUCAUCGGGAGAACUCUGGCUCCUUUCGACGACGACGGUCUGAUUCCUUGCUUCGGUUUCGGCGACGCGACGACACACGAUCAAGAGGUGUUCAGUUUUCACAACGAUAAUUCCCCGUGCCAUGGAUUUGAAGAAGUUCUGGACUGCUACAAAAGGAUAAUUCCGAACGUGCAACUUUCAGGGCCAACAUCUUACGCCUCCGUGGUUGAAGCAGCAAUGAACAUUGUGGAGAAGAGUAAUGGCCAAUUUCACAUUCUUCUCAUCGUUGCAGAUGGACAGGUUACUCGAGGCUCGAGUGUUGGCGAUGGAGAGUUGAGUGUUCAAGAGGAGAAAACAAUCAAAGCAAUUGUAGAUGCAAGUGCCUAUGCUCUUUCGAUUAUUCUUGUUGGAGUCGGAGACGGGCCUUGGGACGACAUGAAGAAGUUCGACGACAAGAUUCCAGCACGAGAUUUUGAUAAUUUUCAGUUCGUUAACUUCACCGAGAUCAUGUCCAGAAACGUUGCGACGCCUGAAAAAGAAGCAGCUUUUGCUCUAGCUGCACUGAUGGAGGUUCCUUUACAAUAUAAAGCCGUCAAAGAAAUGGAUCUUCUAGGACACGUGACAGGAAAAGCGAAAUUAGUUCAUCCACGAUCCCCACCGACACGUCAUACUCGUCCUGCACGACUUACUCCCAAACCCAGCAACACCGUCUCAGCUUCUGCAUCAGAUGACCGGAGCCAGGUCUGCCCCAUUUGCUUGACCGAGGGAAAGGAUUUGGCCUUUGGAUGCGGCCACAUGACCUGUAGAGACUGUGGAUCAAGAUUAUCCAAUUGCCAUAUAUGUCGCCAGCCUAUCAGAAAUCGCAUAAGGCUGUACACCGGGUGAUCGAGGACUGCACCAAAGGCAACAUACGAUGUGCUUAAGGUCAACGACAACAGAUGGAUAUGACAUCCAGGGAAUGUAUGUUACGGAUAGUUCGAAAAUCUUCUAAUUUUUAGUCUAGGAAUGUUCUACUUUUGGGUGUUGUAAGAAUGUGGAUGGGGCACUCUAAUGAAAAAACAAUGUGCCCUUGUGCAUAUGAGAUAUAAACAAGAUUUCAUAUGCAUAAUUUUGCAUGUAAGAUCUGGACCGAAUGUGAAAUUUAGUGAUCAUUAGUCCAAUUGUAUAAAAUUGCCAUUAGCUUGA